AUAUCCAUACGGGAACCAGGCAAGACACUUGAAGCUCACUUUGCAGAAGAAAAGUACCCCCUUUUUUUUUAUGAAAGCAAGAGAGACGUGGCAUUUCCUGGUGGGGAGUCUGUGGAAGAUCUGGUGAGGAGGGGUGAGAGGGCAGUGAGGGAGGUUGUGCUGCCGCAUGUGGUGAGUGUUGCGAGGUCGGGGAGGGACGAGCAUAUUGCGCUUGUGAGUCAUGGGUUGUGUAUCGUGCAAGUGGUGGGCGCAAUUGUGAGAUUGGGCGGAGGAACAUGGAAACGAAAGGGACCCAUGGUCAAUACGGGGUGGGUGAGGGUAGAGGUACAAAUUCAGGGCGGGAUACCAGUGGAAGUCGGGGAUGGCGAGGUUCCUCUGGUAGAAGUGAUAGUGAUGGAUGAGGGCAGGGCAGAUCACCUUGAGGGCCUUCUCGAUGGAGGCCCACUUCAAGGCAUGAAAGCGAUUAUGGGUGGAGGAUUGGUGGUGGAGGGAAAGAACGCGAAUGAGGCGGAGGCUAUCGCACAGAUGUCUAGUAGGAAUCGGGUAUAGAGCUUGCCACAUAUACAUUUCAGAUAAUUGACGCAUGCAAGUACUGCAG